AAAAGCCUUUCCUCAUCCAGUAACCUCAGGAAGCACAUGAGGAUCCACACUGGACAGAAGCCCUACAGCUGUGACCUCUGUGGUAAAACCUUUAGCCAGGCUAGCAAUUACAGAGUCCACAGCAAAAUCCACACUGGAGAGAAGCCCUUUAGCUGUGACCUCUGUGGUAAAACCUUUAAACAGACUGGGGAAUUAACAGUUCACCGCAGAAUCCACACUGGAGAGAAGCCCUACAGCUGUGACCUCUGUGGUAAAACCUUUAGCCAGGCUAGCAAUUACAGAGUCCACAGCAGAAUCCACACUGGAGAGAAGCCCUUCAGCUGUGACCUCUGUGGUAAAACCUUUAAACAGACUGGGGGAUUAACAGUUCACCGCAGAAUCCACACUGGAGAGAAGCCCUACAGCUGUGACCUCUGUGGUAAAACCUUUAGCCAUGGAUACAGUUUCACAGCUCACUGCAGAAUCCACACUCGAGAGAAGCCCUACAGCUGUGACCUCUGUGGUAAAACCUUUAGCCAGGCUAGCAAUUACAGAGUCCACAGCAGAAUCCACACUGGAGAGAAGCCCUUCAGCUGUGACCUCUGUGGUAAAACCUUUAAACAGACUGGGGGAUUAACAGUUCACCGCAGAAUCCACACUGGAGAGAAGCCCUACAGCUGUGACCUCUGUGGUAAAACCUUUAGCCAUGGAAACACUCACUGCAGAAUUCACACUGGAGAGAAGCCCUAUAGCUGUGACCUCUGUGGUAAAACCUUUAGACAGGCUGGGGAUUUAACAUAUCACCGCAGAAUCCACACUGGAGAGAAGCCAUACAGCUGUGACCUCUGUGGUAAAACCUUUAGGCGGGCUAGUGGUUUAACAGUUCACCGCAGGAUCCACACUGGAGAGAAGCCCUACAGCUGUGACCAUUGU